CUCUGGGCUGCCCUUGCCCCCUGCAGAGUUCCGGGCCCGACCUUGCGCUAGCUGAUUGGCUGGAGCCGUGCCCGGGCUGCGCGGCUAUAGGUGAGCCGAGGAGGGGACGGGCGGGGCGGGCUAGAGAACCGCCCCUCCUCCUGGUCGGACGCCGUGCGGAGCCGCGGGAGGGAGGGCUGACGGACCGACUGACGGGAGGGACAGGAGGCAGCAAGAUGGCGCAGACUCAGGGCACCAGGAGGAAAGUCUGUUACUACUACGACGGGGAUGUUGGAAAUUACUAUUAUGGACAAGGCCAUCCAAUGAAGCCUCACCGAAUCCGCAUGACUCACAAUUUGCUGCUCAACUAUGGUCUCUACCGAAAAAUGGAAAUUUAUCGCCCUCACAAAGCCAAUGCUGAGGAGAUGACCAAGUACCAUAGUGAUGACUACAUCAAAUUCUUGCGCUCCAUUCGUCCAGAUAACAUGUCUGAGUAUAGCAAGCAGAUGCAGAGAUUCAAUGUUGGUGAGGACUGUCCGGUAUUCGAUGGCCUGUUUGAGUUCUGUCAGUUGUCUACUGGUGGCUCUGUCGCAAGUGCCGUGAAACUUAAUAAGCAGCAGACGGACAUCGCUGUGAAUUGGGCUGGGGGCCUGCACCAUGCAAAGAAGUCCGAGGCAUCAGGCUUCUGUUACGUCAAUGAUAUCGUCUUGGCCAUCCUGGAACUGCUAAAGUAUCACCAGAGGGUGCUGUAUAUUGACAUUGAUAUUCACCAUGGCGAUGGCGUGGAAGAGGCCUUCUAUACCACAGACCGGGUCAUGACUGUGUCCUUUCAUAAAUAUGGAGAGUACUUCCCAGGAACUGGGGACUUACGGGAUAUUGGGGCUGGCAAAGGCAAGUAUUAUGCUGUUAACUACCCACUCCGAGAUGGGAUUGAUGACGAGUCCUAUGAGGCCAUUUUCAAGCCGGUCAUGUCCAAAGUAAUGGAGAUGUUCCAGCCUAGUGCGGUGGUCUUACAGUGUGGCUCAGAUUCCUUGUCUGGGGAUCGGUUAGGUUGCUUCAAUCUGACCAUCAAAGGGCAUGCCAAGUGUGUGGAAUUUGUCAAGAGCUUCAACCUGCCUAUGCUGAUGCUGGGAGGAGGUGGUUACACCAUUCGUAAUGUGGCCCGGUGCUGGACAUACGAAACAGCUGUGGCUCUGGACACAGAGAUCCGUUCCUCUGACAAACGAAUUGCCUGUGAGGAAGAAUUCUCUGACUCGGAUGAGGAAGGAGAGGGUGGCCGCAAAAACUCUUCCAACUUCAAAAAAGCCAAGAGAGUCAAAACAGAGGAUGAAAAAGAGAAAGACCCAGAGGAGAAGAAAGAAGUCACAGAAGAGGAGAAAUCCAAGGAGGAGAAGCCAGAAGCCAAAGGGGUCAAAGAGGAGGUCAAGUUGGCCUGAGCAGACUUCUCCAGCUUUGGCUUCUGGCCAAGUUCCCCACCUUUUUCCUCCAAUCCCUCAGAUUUUUAUAUUUUCUAUUUCUCUGUGUAUUUAUAUAAAAUAUAUUAAAUAUAAAUGUCCCCAGGGACUAGAUAGGAACCAGGGCCCUGAUCCCAAGGCAGCUGUGUGGAGGAAACUUCCAGUAGUUGCCUUGUUCCCCAUCCCUCUUUAAGUCUUUUGAACCAUCUACAGUGCAGAUCUGGGUGGAAAGGAUGUAACCAUAAGAAAAAUCCUAAAAUGACAAAGGUCUGUUUAGUAGCUUUGGAAAGGUGCCCUUACCAACGGUUCUAGAAGGGAUGGGUGGGUCUUCAGGGACCCCCUGUACUUUUCAGACUCCUAACAUCAGCCAUUGGUUGUUUUCUUACCUUCCCACUGGCCUCAAUAGAGCCAAGAAACACACUGCCCUGUCUUCCCCCCAGCUCCACAGGUGAAGGUUGGUAGUCUAGCUUCCUUUCUAAGAUACUAUUUUCAUUUUUGUGAGACUUUGUAAUAAAAUGGUACAUUUCUAUACCCUCCUGA